AUGGUCGAGGAGCGUCCGCUAGUGAACGAUAGGAAACUGGACCUUUUGGCUAUUAGUUUUAAGCCAGUAACCUUUAUCCCUCACGACUCUGAAAUGUGGUUUGCUGCGUUAGAAAAGCAGUUUAUCGCUUGUAACGUGCGGAGCCAGCGCUCAAAAUACGUUUACGCGGUAGAGGCAAUCCCUGGCGACCGAAUAUCCACCAUUAGGGAUAUUAUUCCUAAACCACCGGAGACGAACGCGUACGACGUUCUGAAGGAUACUAUUCUUCAGUUCUACGCCCCCUCUAACGAGGAAAGGUUACGCCAGUUGCUGGCUCGUCACCCGAUUGGUGAUUCGACGCCAAGCAGGCAUCUGGCGCGUCUGCGCACGUUAGCCGGCCCAGAAAACGCCCACUCUUACAUCUCCAGAGAGCUGCGACUCGAGUCGUUGCCACGUCACGUUCAACCGACGGUAACGGCUCUGCUGGAGGACUCCUAA